AAAAUGUACAAAAUGUAUUUGUUGCUAACACGACUACAACCUCUAUACGAAUUGAAUGGACAAAACCUACUAAAGGAGAUGCUCAUAGUUACGAUGUUAACUUCACAUGUAAGAGUCCAAAUGAAAAUAGCAAUAUGGAAACGUACUCAUUUCGUAAUGAAACGGAACUAGAAUCCACAGUUACAGGCAUUGAUCCCGGAAGUCAUUGUAAUGUCAGUAUAACUACUCAUAUCGGAUCUCAGAUUGGCUGUCCUCUUCAUAUUGAAUUGAACAAAACAUCAAAAGAAACAGCUCCAAAUAAUCCUGUGAUAUCAUGCCUUAAGCCGGGAAAACGUUCAUUAAAUGUCUCCUGGAAUGAGCCUACCACACCAAACGGAUUUGUAAGGAAGUACCAAUUGCUUGUUGUUGAUAAAACGUCAGGCUGCCUUAAAGCAAAUCAUACAUACUGUUUAUCAAGCAUAUGUGUUGAUGACGAAGACGUGUAUCAGGAAGUAAGCUUAGGCGACCUCGAUAAGUGCAAUGGGACACAGUAUAGUAUGAAAGUUGUUCAUGAGUUACCAAGAGAAGACGUGGUUGAACAAUUACAUCCUUACAGACAGUAUAAUGUCACUGUCAGAGCAUACACAAAAUGCUGGGGCAACUUUACAUGGUUAAACAGUGAAACAGAAAGCGAUCUUCCUUCAGCAGCUCCGAGUAUACGCACACUUAUUCCUACUGAGGAAGGUUUUAAUAUUUCGAUGGUUCCCCCUGACGAGGAUGAUAGAAAUGGUGUUAUCACCAAUUAUACAAUAAGAUAUACAUGGAUAAAUAAUACGUGCUGGGAUUCUCAUGACGGUGAAAUAGUUGAGGAAACAAUAUAUACAAACAAUGAGUCUAAUCAUGAAGUGUCAAAUUUGCGUCCGUAUUGGUAUUACAAUAUUACGGUGAGUGCAUCCACCAAGGUAGGUGAAGGACCAGUUGGAUGGUGUGACGCUUAUUAUGUUAGAACAAAUACAUCUAUACCUGGUGACGUUAGAAACCUAACAAUAAUCACAACUUCUAGUAACGCAAGCCUUACAUGGGUAACUCCGUGUGAAACAAAUGGAAUUAUUACUAUGUAUUCUAUCAAUAUAACUAAUAAUGACACGUCAACAACUUGGGAAAAUGAAACUGAUGGAAAUAUGACUCAAUUCGUGGUUCAGAAUUUGUUACCAUACAGUAACUAUUCGUUUAGCCUUGCCGCUAGCACUGAAAAGGGUAUAGGUAACCGUUCCAUUGAUAUUGAAAAGCGGACAGAUACUGCCAAACCUUAUCAACCAAGGAAUCCAAGAGCAGACAAAACCUAUUCUACAAGAAUUGACGUAAAAUGGGACACGCCAGAUUUGUAUACUGGUCCGACCCGAUACUUUUGUAUACCAGUCGAUGAUAAAAACAAAAAUAUUAAACUUGAAAAUAGCGAAGUACAUGGUUUUAAAGCUAGAUCAUGCACUUUGACGGGUCUAGACGAGUUUUGGACGUAUUCAAUCACAGUGACUGCAUCAACUGAUCGUGGAAACACAUCUGCGACAUUUCGUGUGAAGACCGCAGAAGACAAGCCAGGAAAAGUUUCUUAUCUGAAAAUAAAAUCAGAGAAAGAUGUCACGAAACAGAGAUCUGUUUAUGUAGUGUGGAAUGAACCAAGCAUCAGGGACAGAAACGGCAUCAUUCAGAAUUAUUCCAUAGUAUUCACAAACAGCAGUGUAUUUGCUAAUACAAGUGCUGGAAAUGGCUCAGUGGUAACGGAAACAGUUAAUGUUCAGCCAGGUGCUCCGCUAAGGAUCAAUGAAUCAGAGGUUGGUCAAUUAAUGACGCGUAGUGACGAUCAACCGAAGGAUACAGAGUUACAAAUAGCCGUCAAGCUACCAUUAAAAACAUUCCUCUGUAAUACCAGUAACGGAUAUCCGACAAAGUGGGGAUUGGUUGUUGCACAAAAUGACCAAGCAACAGGUAUUCAUUUCUGCAUUUAG